AGUCCAGUCCAGUCCACCGAGGCGAGUCGUCGUCGUGUAGUAAGAACAACGGGGCAAGAGCUUCGCUUGCGCAUUCCCUCGAACACUUCUCCGGCGAGAGAGAGAGAGAGACGGAGACGUCAACGAAUGGAUCUCGCCGCUCUCCUUCACGCUCUGAUCCCUUCGUGGAGCUCCGUCGUCUUGCUGGGGACGUUCUUCGCCUACUUGGCCGCCGCCGGUUCGAUACUGCACGGGAAGGUCGUUCCCGGCGCGACGCUGCCGGACGGCUCUCGGCUCUACUAUCGCUGCAAUGGUUUGGUGUCUCUUCUUCUUCUCGUUGCUUUGCUUGGGCUCGGUGCUUGGACGGACUUCCUUCGACCCACCAUAAUAGCAGAAAGAGGACUUGAGCUGCUAUCGACGACUUUUAUAUUCAGCACUCUUGUUACCAUUGUACUCUAUGCUGCUGGGUGCAAGUCGCGUAGUAACAGUGCCUCCCUAAAGCCUCAUCUGUCAGGAAACCUCACUCAUGAUUUGUGGUUUGGAAUACAGCUGAAUCCUCAAUUUAUUGGGAUAGACCUCAAGUUUUUCUUUGUUCGAGCAGGUAUGAUGGGCUGGCUUCUUAUCAACCUGUCAGUUCUUGCUAGAAGUGUCCAAGAUGGCAACUUAAGCCUAUCAGUGAUCCUUUAUCAGCUAUUCUGCGUGUUAUAUAUCCUAGACUACUUUGUCCACGAGGAGUAUAUGACUUCCACAUGGGAUAUUAUUGCAGAGAGAUUGGGCUUCAUGUUGGUAUUUGGAGAUCUAGUGUGGAUUCCCUUCACGUUUAGCAUUCAGGGUUGGUGGCUUUUGAGGAAUAAUGUAGAGCUAACAACUACUGCUGCCAUUGCUAAUUGUUUCAUAUUUCUGAUUGGAUAUAUGGUGUUCCGAGGAGCUAACAAGCAAAAGCAUGUGUUCAAAAGGAAUCCCAAAGCACUUAUAUGGGGUCAUCCUCCAAAAGUUGUAGGGGGGAAGUUGCUUGCUUCUGGUUAUUGGGGAAUUGCAAGGCACUGUAAUUACCUUGGCGACUUGCUGCUGGCACUGUCCUUCAGUUUGCCUUGUGGACUAAGUUCACCAGUUCCUUAUUUCUACCCAAUUUAUCUCCUCAUUCUGCUGAUAUGGAGAGAGAGAAGAGACGAAGCUCGUUGUGCAGAAAAGUACAGAGAAAUUUGGGCAGAAUACCGUAGACUAGUUCCUUGGAGGAUAUUCCCCUAUGUUUAUUAGAGGUAUAGUAGUUCAUCUAGUAAUGUUAGAUCGCGCAACUUCCGUAAGAAAAAUCUGGAGUGUGAAAUUGAGGGGUCAUUUGUUUUCUGUACUUGUAUCCUUCAUCUUACAAGUUGUAGUUUCUUGGUAGGGUGGUGUUACAUUUUCUUUUGUUCUUUUUUCAUUAAAAAAAGAGAGAAGCUUUGGUAAACCCUGGUAGGGUGUUC